AUGCCGGGCCGGGCCGCCGAUCGGGGCCAGGUCCCCUUGUGCAGCGCCGCGGCCGCGGAGGAGGAAAGCCGCGCGGGGGCCGAGGGCUCGGCGGGCGGCGGCGGCGCUCCGGAGCGGCAGACCAUCGUGUGGCGGAACGUCGUCCUGAUGAGCCUGCUCCACCUGGCCGCCGCGUACUCCCUGGUGCUGAUCCCCAAAGCCCAGCCGCUCACCCUGCUCUGGGCCUACUUCUGCUUCCUCCUGACGGCUCUGGGUGUGACAGCGGGUGCCCAUCGCUUGUGGAGCCACAGGUCCUACAAGGCCAAGCUGCCUCUGAGAAUAUUUCUGGCUGCCGCCAACUCCAUGGCUUUCCAGAACGACAUCUUCGAGUGGUCCAGGGACCACCGCGUCCACCACAAGUACUCGGAGACGGACGCCGACCCCCACAACGCCCGCAGGGGCUUCUUCUUUUCCCACGUCGGGUGGCUGUUCGUCCGGAAGCACCGCGACGUCAUCGAGAAGGGGAGGACCCUCGAUGUCACUGACCUGCUGGCGGAUCCCGUGGUCCGGUUCCAGAGAAAGUACUACAAGAUCUCCGUGGUGCUCAUGUGCUUCAUGGUCCCCACCCUGGUGCCCUGGUACCUCUGGGGAGAGAGCCUGUGGAAUUCCUACUUCCUGGCCUCCAUCCUCCGCUAUGCCAUCUCACUCAACGUCACCUGGCUGGUCAACAGUGCGGCCCACAUGUACGGGAACCGGCCCUACGACAAGCACAUCAGCCCGCGGCAGAACCCGCUGGUCACCCUGGGCGCCAUUGGUGAAGGCUUCCACAACUACCACCACACCUUUCCCUUUGACUACUCUACGAGUGAAUUCGGCUUAAACUUCAACCCCACCACCUGGUUCAUCGACGCCAUGUGCUGGCUGGGGCUGGCCACCGACCGCAAACGGGCGACCAAGCCCAUGAUCGAGGCCCGGAAAGCCAGGACUGGCGAUGGCAGUGCUUGA